CCCGUCUGAACACUAGCACUAAGAUACCCUAGUAAUUCACUCAACAACUCACCAUGUCCAUCGAACAGCGCUUAGUCGAAGGAAACAAUGCCUACGCCGCAACUUUCACACAAGGAGAUCUUGCUCUCCCUCCGUCUCAGAAAUACGCAAUCCUAACCUGCAUGGACGCCCGCAUCGACCCAGCCGCCGCUUUUUCCAUCCCCCUCGGCUCGGCCCACAUCAUCCGCAAUGCCGGUGCCUCCGCGCGCGCCGCAUUUCGGGAUCUCGUCAUCUCCCAGCAACUGCUCGGAACAACCCAAGUCCUCAUCAUCAAGCACACGGGUUGCGGGAUGCUAACGUUUGAUAAUGCAACGGCGAGGAAGUUGGUGAAGGAAAGUAAGGGGGAGAAGGCGGCGGAGGAGGUGGAGGACUUGGAUUUUUUAACGUUUGGGGAUUUAGAAGGGAAGGUUAAGGAGGAUGUGGAGUGGUUGAAGAGUAAGGCUGUUGAGAAAGGCGUGAGCGUAAGCGGGUGGGUUUAUGAGGUUGAGACAGGGAAGGUUAGGAGGGUCGUUUAGUGGGGGUUGACUACCUGCCGUUUCGUAGUCACGCCUACUGUGUAUGAUAAUGAAUCUAGCCAUG